AUGAAUGUCGCACCACGUUGUCAAAUCAGAUUAGUGAAGUCUACAAGAAGUAAGAUUAGUCUUUCUACAAGAAUAUGCAGCGUCCUCCAUUCGGUAACCAGGGAUUCCCUGGUGGCAUGCCGAUGCACCCUGGUGCGCCCGGUGGUCCUAUGUACAACAACCCCGGAGGUCCACAAUAUGCUCCAGGAUACGGCCAACAACCAAGCGGACCUCGUAUUAGUCCACAACCGAAUAUGCAAGGCAACGCCGGCUGCUUCAUGCCAGCUGCCGCUAUCCGCAAGAUCAGUAACACUACACCGCCACAACGUUUUAAUCCAUCAUUUGAAUAAAUAG